CUGCCCUGUACUGCUUCGUCUUGUACUAACAGAGCGAACAAUCAGAAAAGGCCCUUUUCCUAAAAGGACAUAUACUCGUAGAGAGCAUUAGUUUCUGGAUUUGAAGCAGUUAGCAAUGUCCCUGCCAAGUCGACAAACAGCCUUUGUUAACCCACCUCCACCAGAGUAUAUCAACCCUAAGAAAAAUGGGCGACUGACAAAUCAGCUACAGUAUCUGCACAAAGUGGUUCUGAAGGCGUUGUGGAAACAUGGUUUUUCCUGGCCUUUUCAACAGCCUGUGGAUGCUGUGAAACUGAAGUUACCUGAUUAUUAUACCAUUAUUAAAAACCCAAUGGAUUUAAAUACAAUUAAGAAGCGAUUGGAGAAUAAAUAUUAUGUGAAGGCUUCAGAAUGUAUAGAAGACUUCAAUGUAAUGUUCUCAAACUGUUAUUUAUAUAACAAGCCUGGAGAUGAUGUUGUUCUUAUGGCACAAGCUCUGGAGAAGUUGUUUAUGCAGAAAUUAUCUCAGAUGCCACAAGAAGAACAAGUUGUGGGCAAAGAAAAAAUAAAGAAGGGCACUCAAAAGAAUGUAUCCGUUUCUUCUGUUAAAGAAAAACCAUCCCCCAGAGCAACAGAAAUUGUAUUUAAGCAGCAAAAGUUUCCCUCAGCACUUCCUGAGAUGUCCAUAUUUCCCUUGAACUUGGCACAAGGAGCUUUACUCCACUCGAGCUCACAAACUGUGGUCCAGGCCACCAGGGGUGUGAAGAGAAAAGCAGACACAACAACUCCUACCACCUCUGCAGUUACAACAAGUCAUGAAUCUUCUACACCACCUAUGGAAAAGAAACUGGCCAGAACGCCACCAAUAAAAGAAAAUGAGUCGAAAAAUGUUUUGCCAGAUUCUCAGCAACAUUGUAAAGUUGAAAAGAGGAAUAAAAUAACUGAACAACUAAAGCACUGUAAUGAAAUUCUUAAAGAAAUGUUUUCCAAGAAACAUGUUUCGUACGCGUGGCCGUUUUAUAAUCCUGUUGAUGUUGACGCUUUGGGACUACAUAACUACUAUGACAUUGUCAAAAAUCCAAUGGAUCUUGGAACUAUUAAGAAGAAAAUGGACAACCAAGAAUAUAAGGAUGCCUGUGAAUUUGCUGCAGACAUUCGAUUAAUGUUCAUGAAUUGCUACAAAUAUAAUUCUCCAGAUAAUGAAGUUGUGACUAUGGCUAGAAUGCUUCAGGAUGUUUUUGAAAUGCAUUUUGCCAGAAUUCCUGAUGAACCUGUUGAGAGUAUUCCUGUGUGUACCAUCACAACAGGCACUACGAAAACCCUUAGUAAAGAAAGCAGUAGUGAAGAUUCCUCUGAAAAUAACUCUUCUGAUGAUUCUGAAGACGAACAAGUUAAGCGUCUUGCAAAGCUUCAAGAGCAGCUUAAAGCUGUUCAUCAACAACUACAGGCUUUAUCCCAAGUACCUUUCCGUAAGCUAAAGAAAAAAAAUGAAAAGUCUAAAAAAAGAAAAAAAAGAGAAAAUAUUAAUAAAAGCGAUGAAAAUCCAAAGAAAAAUUUUCAACUAAAGGAAAAGUCCAAGAGCAACCAACCAACGAAGAAGAAAUAUGAAUUCUUGACUCCUAAAUUUGAAGACGAAGAUAGUGCUAAGCCUAUGAGCUAUGAUGAGAAAAGGCAGUUGAGUUUAGAUAUAAACAAGCUCCCUGGAGACAAACUGGCCCGCAUAGUUCAUAUAAUACAAUCCCGAGAGCCCUCACUGCAAAGUUCCAACCCUGAAGAGGUGGAGAUAGACUUCGAAACACUAAAACCAUCAACACUAAGAGAGCUAGCAAAGUAUGUCUCAGCAUGUCUAAGGAAAAGACCAGUAAAACUCCAUGAUAAGAAAGUAACGAAGUCCAAAGAAGAAAUUCAUUCCCAGAAGAAACAAGAGUUGGAAAAGCGCUUACGGGAGGUCAACAAUCAAUUAAAUUAUGGAAAACGUCAGGUAAAAUCUAAAAAGUCUCCAUCAGUCACGGCAUUUGGAAUUGGAUCCCGCCUGAGCGAGAGCAGCAGCAGCAGCAGCAGCGCUAACAGCAGCAGCAGCAGCAGCAGCAGCAGCAGCAGCAGCAGCAGCAGCAGCAGCAGCAGCAGCAGCAGCAGCAGCAGCAGCAGUUCUACUGGAUCUGAAAGCAGCAGCAGUGAUUCCAGCUCUUCUGACAGCAGUGACUCAGAACCAGAAAUACCUCCUAAACUUACUGAAAUAAAGAGCAGUGAUUCACCUCCUAAUGAAGAUCCAAAGAUACAGUCUUCUGUGCAAGACAAGCCCUCUUCUAACACUUCCCCGGUUCACCAGACCGCACCGAAUCACCACAAGUUAGCAUUCAAUCAAGAGUUAGAAUGUGUACAGACUCUGGAAAACAGUGAACCUUUACAGAUACAGCCUCCUUCAGAUGAUUCCAAACAGCUUCCGAAUGGCCCAACUGCAGUGCAGCCGGCUGGCGACGGUGGCACGGUGCUGGGAGAGGGUGAACAUCAAGCUCCUGUGCAGAAGGAUAUAAAGAUUAAGAAUGCAGAUUCUUGGAAAAGUCUAGGCAAACCAGUGAAAACAUCAAACAUACUGAAAUCUUCAGAUGAGCUCUUCAACCAAUUUAGAAAAGCAGCAAUAGAGAAGGAAGUAAAAGCUCGAACACAAGAAUUAAUAAGGAAGCAUCUGGAGCAAAACGCAAAGGAACCAAAAGUGUCUCAGGAAUAUCAAAGGGACUUUGGAAACGGACUGACUCUAGAAUUUUUUUCAAACAAACCACAAAACAAGUGCCUUGGAGAAGAACAAAAAGAACCUCAGCAGUCCUCGGAAGCUCAAGAUAAAUGCAAGCUCUGGCUUCUCAAAGACCGUAAUUUAGCAAGGGAGAAAGAGCAAGAGAGGAGGAGGAGAGAAGCAAUGGCGGGUACCAUUGAUAUGACUCUUCAAAGUGACAUUAUGACAAUGUUUGAAAACAAUUUUGAUUGAAACUAAGCUUUUAAACUAACCAUCAACUGGAAAUGAGUGAUAUAAAAGAUUAAAAUGCAUAUGGUAAAAUGAUUGCUUUCAGACAUGAAGAUACCAAUUUCAUGUUGUAUUUUGACUGCUCUAAAAUGAUUAAACAAUUUCACUUACAUUUUUAAAUAGCUAUAUGUUUAUUUUUAAGGUCAGUAUAGGAAAUUUUAUGAUUUGGAUCCCUGAAAACUGAAUAGUUUCCAUAUGUUAUUCAUUCUACAAAUAAUUGUCAGCAAUGUAUUAGAUAUUGUUUUAAGCAAUGAAAAUCCAAUAGAGACUGCCUGAUUGUUUUAAAAAGAUGAUGACUAUAUAAAAAUAUAUAAAAAACAUGGUUCCUGUUGAGUUUUUAACUUUUAAAACAAAUAUUUGUCUGUCUUCAGAGAUGUUUGGAGCUUCUAACAAAUAAUACUUGGUUUCCUCGAGAGUCAGGUUAUUUAAGAUUCUCUGAUGGUUUCAUAUUUAAGUUUCAUAUUGAUAUUUAAUUUAAAGAAACAUUACCUAUGGUUGGAAAGAUGUUGAAUUUAGCCAGGUGUGGUGGUACACACUUACAAUCCCGUACUUGAGAGAUUAAGGAAGGAGGAUCAAGGCAAGUUUGAGAUCAGCCUACACUACGUAGUUAGUUCAAGGCUAGUCUGAACAGUAUAGUGAGACUCUGUCUCGAAAAAAAGAAAAAAGAAAAAAAAAAGGUGUCAAAUUUGAAGCGAAAUAAUAGGAAACAGUAAUUAUGUUUAAAAGUUUCUAUAAGAAUGUGUAUUUCUUCAUGUGUAUAUGUGAUACCCAUGUUUAAUUUUAUUUAACCCCUAGUAUUUAAUGUUCUGUAUAAUAUUUUUGUUUUGUCAUUUUUCAAGUUGCAAUUUUGUAUAAAUCAUGUAUAUUAACUUUGUGUAUUUUAAAACUUUGAACUCUUGACUGUAAAAUGACUCAGGCACUAUUCUGAUAAAAAUUCAAAGUGUGUAUUUUAGAGGAGUAAGUUUUUUGAACUUAUUUUUAUAAUUAAUGAUAAACUGUAGAAAUAUCUUUAGACUGUUAGUCAAUUAAAAUGCGAUUAACUGAUAAAAGUAGUGGUGUUACCUUCAUGCAGU